UUGUUAGUAUCCUAGUUCAUCUCAUAUGACCUCUUAGCGGUACGAGUUUUCUGCACCCGAUUGUGGCUAAACUUCGUCAAUUAAACAAAAGAGAAUAAGUUUUGCUUGAGCAUGGAACAAGAACACAAACCACAGCCUUUCAUCUUUUAACUACGAACCAAAAAAAUAUCAUAUUCAUUACCUACUACAAAACAAACGUUAGGAAGAAAGACCAGCAGAAUAAUUCACCAUGGCCUCUUCCUCUGCUCUCCCUCUCCCACUGAACGCCAAUAUCUCCACCGCCCUCUCUUCCCCAACCAUAUCAUCACCAAUCCUAAUGCCCGUCAAAACCCCCACCAUUCGCUUUCGCCUCAGCAAACUCUGCCAAGAAGGUCAACCCCAUCUUGCCCGCCAACUGCUCGAUACAAUUCCUAAACCCUCUACCGUCCUCUGGAACACAAUCAUCAUUGGCUUUAUCUGUAACAAUAUGCCCCAUGAAGCUCUUUUGCUCUACACCCAGAUGCUGAAUUCAUCUCUAGCUACCAAUUGUGAUUCCUACACUUACUCUUCCACUCUCAAAGCCUGCGCCGAAACACGCAACUUAAAGAUUGGUAAAGCUGUGCAUUGUCAGUUUAUUCGUUGCCAACCAAAUCCCAGUAGGAUUGUAUAUAAUUCACUUUUGAAUAUGUACUCUAUGUGUUUAAGCGCACCUGAUUACGAAAUGGGUUACUCUGUAGGUUAUGAUUAUUCGAAGUAUGAUAUAGUUCGUAAAGUGUUUGAUAGAAUGCGUAAGAGAAAUGUGGUUUCUUGGAAUACUAUGGUGUCAUGGUAUGUAAAGACAGAACGAUAUGUAGAAGCUGUUAAGCAAUUUAGGAUGAUGAUAAAAAUGAGCAUAAAACCAAGUUCAGUGAGUUUUGUAAAUGUCUUUCCGGCAAUUUCGAAAUUAAAGGACUUUGAGAAUGCCAAUGUUCUUUAUGGAAUGCUGCUAAAGUUGGGAAGUGAAUUUGUCAAUGACUUGUUUGUUGUGAGUUCAUCUAUAUUCAUGUAUUCUGAGCUUGGUUGCCUUGAUAUGGCUAGGAAGAUAUUCAAUCUUUGUUUGGAGAGGAAUACAGAAAUUUGGAACACUAUGAUUGGUGGAUAUGUUCAGAAUAACAGUCCUGUUGAAGGAAUCAGUCUCUUCCUUCAAGCAAUAGAAUCAGAACAUGCUGUUCUCGAUGAUGUAACUUUUCUUUCAGCUUUGACUGCAGUCUCGCAGUUGCAGGACUUAAAAUUGGCUCAACAGCUACAUGCUUUUAUGAUAAAGAAUUUAUCAGUGUUACCUGUUUUUAUACUGAAUGCAAUCAUUGUCAUGUAUUCAAGAUGCAACUCUGUUGAGAUGUCAUUCAAAAUUUUUCAUAAGAUGCAGGAAAGGGAUGUUGUUUCAUGGAAUACUAUGGUUUCUGCUUUUGUGCAGAAUGAAUUGGAUGAUGAAGGGUUGAUGCUGGUCUAUGAGAUGCAGAAGCAAGGGUUCAUGAUCGAUUCUGUAACAGUGACAGCUCUUCUUUCAGCAGCAUCAAAUCUUAGAAACAAGGAUAUCGGGAAGCAGGUACAUGCUUUUCUAAUUAGGCACAGAAUACAAUUCGAGGGAAUGGAUAGUUAUCUGAUAGACAUGUAUGCUAAAUCUGGUUUAGUUAGGACUGCACAACUACUGUUUGAGAAAAGCUUUACUCAUGAUAGAGACCAGGCCACAUGGAAUUCUAUGAUUGCUGGGUACACACAAAAUGGGCUGAUUGAGGAAGCUUUUGUUGUCUUUAGGAAGAUGCUUGAGCACAAUGUAAUACCCAAUGCUGUAACAAUAGCAUCAGUUCUCCCAGCUUGUAAUCCUAUGGGAAUCAUAAAUUUGGGGAAGCAGCUCCAUGGAUUCUGUGUUCGCCACUACCUUGACCAAAAUGUCUUUGUGGGAACUGCUUUAGUUGAUAUGUACUCCAAAUCUGGUUCAGCCACUUAUGCUGAAAAUGUGUUUAUUAGAACACCUGAGAAGAAUUCUGUCACUUACACCACAAUGAUAUUGGGCUAUGGUCAGCAUGGGAAGGGUGAGAGAGCUCUCUCUUUGUUUCACUCAAUGCAGGGAUCUGGUAUUAAACCUGAUGCUAUUACGUUAGUUGCAGUCAUGUCUGCUUGCAAUUAUGCUGGUUUGGUUGAUGAAGGUGUUAAAAUUUUUGAAUCUAUGGAGAAACAAUAUAAUAUUCAGCCCUCAACUGAGCACUAUUGUUGUGUUGCAGACAUGUUAGGGAGGGCUGGAAGGGUUGUUGAAGCUUAUGAGUUUGUCAAAGGAUUGGGUGAAGAGGGUGAGGUGCUAGAGAUAUGGGGAUCACUUCUUGGGGCUUGCAGAAUUCAUGAACAAUUUGAUUUGGGAAGUGUUGUUGCCAAGAAGUUACUUGAAAUGGAGAUGGUUAAUGGCAUGACAGGCUACCAUGUUUUACUCUCAAAUAUUUAUGCAGAGGAAGGAAACUGGGAAGACGUUGAUAAUGUGAGGAAACAAAUGAGGGAAAAAGGUUUGAGGAAGCAGAUCGGAUGUAGUUGGAUUGGGACUUCUGGUUUUGUGAACAGCUUUGUGUCCAGGGAUAGAAAGCACUCUCAAUGUGAUGAAAUAUAUAAUGUUUUAAAAAAUUUGGCUAUGGAGAUGAAAGAAGCUGGCUACAGACCUUUUAUUGCUUCCAAUGUGGAUGGGAUCUCAGAAUUUGAUGAUUGAAAUAAACAUUUCUUGCGAUUUUGUUGGCAUCUUUGGAAUAUAAAUUGAAGCAUGACUAACUUCGUGGUUUAGCAAACUGAAGCCAGCCAGCUAUAGGAAAUCUAAUGGCUGGCUAGUCCUUUCGCCAAUGUUUAUUAAUUAUGAUUGAUAUUAAGUUCAUGAUUAUCCUAGGAUGCUGUACAAGCCUGUUCAAACUUCAUAGUGCUUGAGCCUCUUAAUAUGGUCUAUGCUGGUGAACUUGAGCAGUGUGAUUAAGGUGGG